AGCGAGCGAGGUGAGGAGGAGUGGGCUCGGGGGGUGGGGCUCAUGAAGCUCUCCUGCCAGGAGCCAGUUGAAGCCACACACAUACACACACUCACUCACUCUGAGGGAGAGGAGGUUUACCGGCGCCUCUGAUUUCCUACAGUAAACGCUCCGCUCGCUUUAAUUCCCACCAUCCGGUAAAGACUUAGAUCGGCCGGCUCCCGUUUGCAACCCCCGACCCCUCAAACCUUCCCCCCCCCCCCCCCCGCUAACUUUCCUUCUCCACCUUCUGGACAGUUCCUCCCUCCCACCCUCCCGUGGUGAGUUUAUUUGAAAGUUUGGGUGGGGGAAGCCGGCGAUAUGAUGACUGGGUCCAGCCCAGUGCAAACUCUGGGUCGUUGCGAUGGGGCGAGAGCUUGUGUCCCGGCUCGGCUCGCCCUGCUCUCGAGACUGGCGCUGCUCCUGCUGCUCAGCGGCUCGGCGUGUGUCGGCUCCUCCGCCCCCUGCCCCAGGUUUUGCGAGUGCUCCGAGCCGGCGAAGACGGUGAAGUGCGUGAACCGGGAACUGAGUGGCAUCCCCAGCGGCAUCCCGGCCAACGUCGAGAACCUCUUCAUCACGGGCAACGGCAUCUCCACUCUCGGCGCCGGGGCAUUCGGCCAGUCGCUGGAGCAGCUGGUUACCCUCAACCUCAGCGGCAACAAGAUCGAAGCCAUCGAGGCGCUGGCGUUCGCUUCCAUGCCCAGGCUCGGGCGGCUGGACCUCAGCAACAACCGCAUCUCCGCGCUGCACCCGGAGGCUUUUGGAGGCGGGGGACGUGCCCACAGCCUGCGGGAGCUCAACCUGAGCCGGGCGCUGUACAACGGCUCGAUAGUGGAGCAAGUCUCCGAUCUGCUCCAGAACGGCACCCUCGCCAACCUGGUGCGCCUCGAGCUGUCCGACAACGAUCUCUUCUACGUGCCCGACCACACUUUCUCCCGCUUGACCAACCUGAAGCAACUGGAGCUGAGGAACAACUCCAUCGUGACCUUCAGGGACACUUUCCAAGACUUAAACCUGCAGAUGCUCGACCUGAGAUCCAAUGCGCUCAAGACGGUGGGGAACGGCACACUGGCCGAGCUGAACAGCCAGCCCCAGCUUCGGGUCGACCUCCGGGAUAACCCCUUUGUCUGCGACUGCGGCAUUAAGGAAUUCCUGGGCUGGCUGCAAAGCACCGACAAGGUAGUGGAGAAAGACAGCUUGCUUUGUGCGUCGCCGGAAAGUAUGGAAAAUAAACCCAUCCUCCAGGCUCGGUACUCCGACUUGGAGUGUUCUUACCAAGGAGACAUGGAGAGCGUUUUGCAAACUUCUUACGUCUUUCUUGGGAUAGUUCUGGCCCUGAUUGGGGUGAUCUUCAUGUUUGUGCUGUACCUGAACCGAAGAGGCAUCAAAAAGUGGCUUAACAACGUAAGGGAUGCAUGCCGAGACCAUAUGGAAGGUUAUCAUUACAGAUACGAGAUUAACUCAGACCCCAGAUUGACAAACCUUAGCUCAAAUUCGGAUGUGUAAUGUACAUUGCUGGGGAAAUUUGACUUAUUUAAGACUAAAGACAGUCUGGAUGGAUUUUUUAAAAUGAUUAAUUAUUUGUAGUCAUUGCAUGAUAACAUCUAUUCAUAACAAAUGGCUUAAAAGUUGCUGUCACUUCCAUGGAAACCCGACAGUGACAAAAGGUUUGACGCUCACAGUGGGAAGUGUUCCAUGUGCUGCUGUGUAUGUGUGUGUGUGUGUUUAUGUGAUCUUUUUCUUUCUCUUUUACAACCUGCUGUGUAACGGUGCCAAAAAAGGGGAGAGCUUUUGGAAGGCAGUAAAGGUCUCCAAGCCCUGCUUUCAUAAUAGACUACUUCUUGAAACUUAGAGGAUUUAGACCUCCAAUGUAUUAUAGUCGGGGAAUAAAAGGAUUAAAUGCUACAGUAACCGUUUUACCAUUUCAUGGAAUAAUAAGGCAGAACAACCGAUAAGAGCAAUAAAAACGGUGCCGUAGCAGUUUUGAACAUUGUCUUCCCAAAUUCGGAAGUUUUAUCAUCGGUUCCCCUAACAGUGUUCCGGCACAGAACAACCGAUUGGUUCGGUGCUUUAUCAUAAAUUCCAGCCGCUUAAAACACGCUAGUCACAGAACGAAAAAGGCGCCUACUAUCGUCGUCCUAUUUAAGUACAACCAUAAGUCUUUAAAGUUUACCUGUCUCCCAUCAACUUUACAAAACAAAGUGAUAAAUAAAGUCUUGGGUUUUUUUGUUGUUGGGCACUCGAGUUACAUUUGGGUAAGGGGGAUUAUUGGAAUGAAAACUGGUCGUCAGUCUGUUCCUGUGAAAGGGCGCUGUUUGAAAACAUCUGGAUGCACAAAGAUCAAGGACUCUUCCUACCCCAUCCCCCAAUUGUUGUUAAAUAGAACGGCAUCCCCACAUGGAGAGUGGUUUAAUUGAUGUCACCCGCAGGCCUCUCUUCGAGUGUCACAUUAUCUGAGAGCUGUGAAAUCUCGCUUGACAACCUGUCUAUUUCACGAAUGUACGUGCGGGUGAAAACAGCAAAAUCAUUUAAAUGCUGAGCCUCGCAAGUUCUUACGGAUUUUAAUUGAAAGGUGCAUCUUUGCAACUCAAUCGUUUUGUAAUAUUUUCGAGGCUGUAUGGACUGUCAAGCCACCUAACUCCUCGGUUAAAAUUUUAAAAAGUCAUAAACCUACCACAAAAAUAUUGGUUAACUAUGUUUGGCAAAACCAACUUUUAGCAAUUAGUAGCAAAGGUUUUUAUAUGUAGAACGCACGCACACAGAGACACUGCGGAAAAGAAUCGUGCAGAGCGGGUAUGUAAAUAACAAAUAUUUGCACGUACAAGCCUGCAUUAUUUAUCAAAGUAGUCAACUAGAUGCACAACCCGACAGUAAAAUAUUAGAAUUUGAAUGCUUAGCACCACUUGGUAUAGUGCAUGAUUGUUCAGGGGAAGGGUUGCAUCGGGGUAAUACUAGAAAAAAUUGUUAGCCGGUGAAUGAAUCCAACUCAUAACAUUUGUUCAGCUUCUCAGCAUGAGUGAGUCUUGCAACAUCACAACAGCACGGUACGUUAACAUCUAAACAAUUGGCUGUUUUCAUGUACAGCGACUUUCAUCUGAGCAUUAAUAGGUGAUGAAACUGUUUCACUUUAGUUCUUUUCGGUGCACAUGCAUGUCAUAGAUGUGAAGCGUUCUCACCUCAGAACAUUUCGGUGCAUGUGCUGUGGAAAAGUUUUAACAAUUCUCCUUUCUCUAAUUUGAUCUGCAGUAAGAGAGAAUUAACAUUUUACACAACAUACAGUGGAAGGUUUGAUGGAAUGAUUUGAUAAAACCAGAUGGGAAUGUGAAAUAGUGCCAAGCUGAUGUUCAUAAUCUUCAGAUUUGUAAUUGCAUAUCAAUUUAAUUCAUUUGAAAAUGUUGUCAGUGAUGUGGCAUAUUGCUGGAUGAAGCAUUGCUUGUUUUGGCAAAGAAUAAGCUUUCCAACUUGCUGCAGACUAGCAGUUCCUCCUUCAGUCACAAACAGCAGGGAGUUCUUUAAACACUUUGCUGUAAUAACACACCAGGUUGUAGAAUUUGUAUCACCUGAUAUUUCAGAGAAAUCGGAUUGCAGACCGUAACUAAAAUCUAGUCCUGAAUUUGUAGUCUUGGUGAAAGAAUAUAUGGGGCAGAUCAAACAAGUUGUAUAGAGAAUAGUCACUUAUAAGAUCCUCUAAUAAUGUGGCAGAAGCCUUUAUAAGCUCUGAGCUGUGGCUGAUAUUUGUAACAUAAUAAGACCUAAAACCACAACUAUUAGAAAUCCACUAAUGUCUUUUGUUAUGGGCAUCUACCUAUUUGGUCUAUCCAAAAUCCACCUGAAAAUCUAUAUUUUUUACUGGUAUUAAUCAUUUGAAUUUCUAUACCAGAGGGGGAAACAUAAGAUAUCGCAGUUCAAUUGAUGACUUUUAUCCAUAUCUAUUCUUUGAAAUGUAUAUAUAGUAUAUAAGAUGACUUUAGUUAUGAAACAGCAAUCUGACAUGCAUUGCUUAUAUGUAGGCUAUAUUUUGAACUUAUUUGCCUGGUCAUAUGUAACUGUAAAAAGAAGGUAGCUUAUUCCCUUCAUAAGCUGCUGUUCUUAAGCAGAUUCUGUUUUUCAUUUGUCACUUUUCUUGUUGCAAAUGCUAGUAAUUGUUUUUAUUGUCAUUUUCAAAAAUGUCCUUCAACUGUAUCCUGAAUUAUUUUCUGCAAGAAAAGAUGAGCAGGUAUGAUAUUUCAUUGAUCAAAAAAGAAAAAAAAACAGACGGAAAUCUAGGUUAAGGCCAUCUGGAGUGUAUUUUAUUCUGAUCUAUAUAUAGGUUUGCGCAGUGAAGAGAUGGCAAGAAAUGUGCUGAAUACAGCUUUCUGCCAUGUCACACUCUUGACUAGUAUCAUCGGUCUUAUGGAUACUAGCAACAUAAACAAGGCCACGAUGGGGAUGGUGGGGUAUUUGGGGGGGGGGGGGGAAGGUAAAGUACAUUUACUAUUUGGUUUAAUAAUGCUACUUAUGUAGUCAUCAAGAAAUAUCUAUCCAUGAAGGAAUCAUUGCAUGCAACAAAAGAGCAAUGUAAUAGAAGAACAGAAGUUGGAAUAAAAAGAAAGUCACAUUACUAGAGCCCUGAAGAACGUAAGGAUAUUCAAGCUGUAUGUUGUCUGCUUAACAAUGGCUUUGUUAACUUUUAUUAAGAAAAUAAAUAAUAUUGUAGCUUGA